UAAUGGAUCGGUUCAUUGUUGCGAUAUUUUGUUGGUUUGUUUAGGUAAUCAAUUUAACUUCUGGCAGCCUAAUCUCUGUACGGUGUGUACUUGCAAUGAUCCAGUCGCUGUGUGCGAACCAGUUGUGUGCAAGGAACCCAAGUGUGGGUAUAGUCAGGUGA